AUGGCGGACACGGCGGCGCGGCUUGAAGCCUACAAAGCAGCAGCGAGCAACUACCGCUCACAGUUACAAGCCGCUGGCACCAAAGAUGAGGCCCUCACACUCGCCAUUAGCGUAGCCGAGAAUCUUAUGAAAGCGCUCAAGCUGUCCUCGAACGCAGACGAAAAAAAGCAGCUGAAGGCCCAAUGUGGCGUGCUAAUGGAUGUCGCUGAUCGCAUCAAGAAGUCCAAGGAUUGGACACCUCUGAUCAGACAGCAGCACGAGAACGCCAAAACUGCACAGAUUGAUCAAUGGGCAGCAAGUGUGGAAGUGUCGACAAGUCCUGGACCCGCCUACGAGGAGAUGGCAUCUACAUGGAGCUCGUCUGUGUACAGCUAUCCCCAAACCGCCGCGCCUGCGAACAUUCGGUCAGCAUCAGAUAACGCUCAGACUCGCAGUGGUGGAGCGUUAAAUGUUGAUCCGUCAUCAGAAGCAGUUCAAAAAGCUCCUUCACCACUUACACCCUCGGUAUCCCAGUCGCGGUAUCUACAAUCGAACCCGGCAGUCGCAGCGGCACCGAAAACAACAUCAGCAAUACCAAUCGCACCGAAGCUUGCCUCAGCUUCACACAUCCAUAGACUGACUGAGCCCGUUUCAACCAGGAAGCGAUCGAAGAAAGAAGACAUCAUAUUGCUAAAAGCAUCCGUCAUGAACGGUUUCAAGUGUCCACCGUGGGACAAGAACCCAGCGCCAACUGACUUCGUUCCACCAAAUGGUCAGGACCUUUUCCAGGAUACUCAUGAUCUCAGUCUAUCACCGUACCAACAGCAGUUUUUUAAGGGCUGGGUCCGCGCUAUUGACGCUGUACCCCCUCCUUCCCUAUAUCCGAACGGUAGAGAUGGUAUUGGACCUCUAAUGUCGAGCUCGCGCUCGAUCGAUCUUGUGCAGGAUGCCGCAUCCGACUGCUCAGUGGUGGCCAGUCUCUGUGCUGGGGUCGCUCGAGCCGAGCGCGGACAUGAUCAAAUGCUUCAAGACAAACUGUACCCUUUCGACAAACACCUGGGAAAACCCAUUCCAUCGACGAACGGGAAAUAUAUCGUUCGUCUGAACUUCAAUGGCUGCUGGCGAAAGGUCGUAAUUGACGACCGAUUACCAGUCUCCAGCACCCACCGAUUACUCCACGUAACCGAUCGACGGAAUCCAGCAUUGCUGUGGCCAGCACUGCUCGAGAAGGCAUAUCUCAAGGUUCGCGGCGGAUACGACUUCCCUGGGAGUAACUCGUGCAGCGACUUGUGGACAUUCACUGGCUGGGUGCCGGAACAAGUGUUCUUACAAGAGACGGAUACGAUCCCUGAUAAGCUCUGGAAGCGUAUCUAUAAUGCUUUCACAUAUGGCGACGUUCUUGUGACCGCGGGUACUGGAAAGAUGUCCACAAGGCAAGAGCGCGAACUCGGCUUGGAAGGGCAGCAUAGCUACGCGGUGCUAGACAUGAAGGAGACAGACCACGAUCGGCUUCUGCUAAUCAAGAAUCCAUGGGUAGAAGGAAAGGGCUGGCGAGGUCCUUGCCCACUAGCAGCACCAGUCUGUGACUCUUCCUCCUCCAGUGCAGGUGCGGGCUCCAAGGACAGCUUGGAAGCCUAUCAUCGAGAUAGUGUCCCAACACUCGAGCGGCCCCAUCCUACAACAUUCUGGAUCGGACUCGAACAAGUCAUCCAACACUUUGAGAGCUUGUAUCUCAACUGGAAUCCUGGGCUGUUCCGGUAUCGUCAGGAUUUACACUUUGACUGGACCAUCGAGUCCCAAAAGACGCCCGGUAAUUGCAUCGUACAUCAUCCACAGUUCACCUUCUUGUUGAAGAAAGCGGACCAUGUCUGGUUCCUCCUCAGUCGCCACUUUCGAGACACACCUUCAGAUAUCAAGGAAGAAUCUGAUGCAUUCAACGACGGAACUGUCCGCUCUGACUCUCAGGUGAACACUUCGGGAGAUCCUCCGAAAGGAUACAUGAGCAUGUACGUCUGCAACGGACACGGAGAGCGUCUCUAUAUCAAGGACACGUACUUAGAGUCGAGCGAUUAUGUGUCGACGCCGCAAUCUCUUUUGCGAUGGGACGCUGACGCAGACUCGAACUACACAGUCGUUAUCGACCAGGACGAUCUUCCACCGUCUUCGUACAGCUUCUCGCUGUCGGCCUUCUCUAAUUCGCCUAUGGUUUUGGAACCUGCCGUUCUAAAGUAUCCCAUUCAGAAGAUCGAGAAAGGAGCGUGGACAAGACAAAGCGCGGGCGGUAACACCAGCUCUCCAAGAUACUUCGAAAACCCACAGUACGCUCUUGAGAUCCGCGAACGGUCUUCACUUACGGUUCUUCUCACGAGCUCCAACCAUGAGCACCCACUUCAUAUCAAGCUUGCGCUUGGCCAUGGCAAGAGGAUAUAUCGACUGCAGAGCCGAGACGUGCUCGUAGACUCCGGCAACCAUCGCGUUGGAGCAGCUACUGCAGAGAUCAAAGACCUCCAGCCAGGCCUGUACACCAUCAUUUGCUCUUUGUUCGAGGCAGGUCAGACCGGGGAUUAUACGCUGCGCAUCGACAGCAGCAACGACGUACGAUUAAAGCAAAUCCCUCGAGAUGGUGCCGGCUUGAAGUCAAUGAAGCUGACACCAGCUUGUUUCGGACCCAACAUGCACAAGAUUGCUGCACCACUCUUGCCACAGCGUCUUGCUUCGUACACGAUUGUUGCUCGUUUCUUGAAAGCAACCAGCCCACGGUCAGUCGACCAUGGAAUGCUAGCUCGCAGUCCUCUGCGUUUUAGCGUUGAACAAGGCCGGGGUCCAGAGCGAAAAUUCCUGAUUGCUAGCGAACGUGGAGAAUACGCUGACUCGGCAACGGUUCGGUCCGAGAGCGUCCACAUUGAUCCUGCAAUCGUCCACCGUGGUGAUUUGUGGCUGGUACUCGACAGGCUAUCAGGACCAGGCGGACCAGUUGAAGAGUGGUACGACCUGGAGAUAUUUACAGACAUGCCAGAUGCAUGUUCCGUUGGCGUUUGGCGCGACUGGAGUGACUAGUCCAUGAGACGAAGUCAUGAUUCGGCAUUUGCAUCUGGUGUGGAUGGCGUUCAACAGGCGGUGGGUCAUGUGCAUUGCUACUUUGGCGAUCAUCUUCGAGGAGUUCUUUUGCUUGCAACUGCUGCGUUAAGCGCAUGGGAGCUGGCUGUCAGCAUGACCGCGACUGCAACUACAUGCUCACAUUUUUCCAGCUACAAUGCAACAUUCUCAACUACCUGUGUAGCACAAGAUAGAAAAUAGCAUGUUCUAACUUCAAGGGUCCUGGGUGUGAAUGCUGCAGAAAGU